AUGGCGCUAAGAAGGCUGCGAACCCGUCCGACCUGGUGCGCCGCGUUCCUACUAGCACUGUCAUCCUGCGGUGUACAUGCCAUCGAUCCUCCUCGCCAACCACGACAACCGCUGGGCAAUGGCACCAGACGUUUGACCUACAACGAAACCACCCCGACCGCCCAAAAUCGUGCCACCUCGCAGACGGUGAGCUGGAUCUCUUCCGAACAGGAUGGCACCUUCAUCACCACCGCCAAUGGCUCCUUGGUGCUCGAAAACAUCGUGACGGGCGACUCGAGCGUGUUUGUGGCAGCCGACAAGGUGCCCGCUGAUUAUCAUGAAUACUGGAUCAGUCCAGACCAAGAGCGAGUCCUGUGGGCGGUGAACUACACCAAGCAAUACCGAUAUACUUACUUCGCCGACUACCUCAUUCAAGAUGUCGCGACGGGAGAGACGACACCACUGGUGCCAGAUCAGCUGGGAGACAUCCAAUAUGCCGAGUUCGCACCCACAGGAGAUGCCAUUGCCUUUGUGCGUGAUAACGAUCUGUACAUCCACCACAAUGAUAGCCAAAUUACCCGCAUUACGGACAAUGGAGGGCCAGACAUGUUCAAUGCCGUGCCGGACUGGGUCUAUGAAGAAGAGAUCUUUGGCAUCACCAAGACCUUGUGGUUUUCGCCUGAUAGCAUGUACAUUGCGUUCUUGAGCUUCAACGAGACUGGAGUAGGCACCUUUAGAAUCCCGUACUACAUGGAUGACCAGGAUAUCGCCCCGCCGUACCCUCGCGAGCUGGAGCUGAGGUACCCCAAAGUCGGUACAACCAAUCCUACCGUGCAAUUCAACCUCUUGGAUAUGACGACCAAGCAAUACUCGAACAUCCCCGUCACGGCAUUUCCACCUGAUGAUACGGUCAUUGGCGAAGUGGCUUGGGUCACAGAAGACCACUCUGCAGUCAUCUACAGGGCCUUCAAUCGUGUACAAGAUCAAGACAAACACGUUUUGGUCGAUCCUGUUGCAAAGACUUCGGAGGUUGUGCGGGAGAGAGAUGGCACAGAUGGCUGGCUGGACAACACCGGAGCCAUCACCUACGUUGGCCCUAUCGAGUUCAAUACAAACGGAACUGCAACGUACAGCAACACGAGCGCUCCCGCGUACUACGUCGACGAGUCGGACGAGAGUGGUUGGAUGCAUAUCUACUUGCAUCCAGUCACCGGCGGAGAGUCUAUUCCUCUGACUUCGGGUGAAUGGGAGGUUGUGUCCAUACUCAAGGUCGACACCUCUCGAAACCUGAUCUACUAUACAUCAACGGAACAUCACAGCACAGAACGCCAUAUUUACUCUGUAAACUAUGCCACUGGCGAGAAGAAAGCCAUUGUGGACGAUACUGUUGACGCCUACUGGUCGGCCUCCUUCUCCAGCGCGGGGGACUACUAUAUUCUCUCCUACCAAGGUCCAGACGUACCGUAUCAAGAAGUCUACUCGGUCAAUUCGACCGAAGCUCUGUCGGUUCUGGUGUCAAACGAAGCGUUGGUCCAGAACAUCUCGGCACUUCAUCUCCCCAACAUCACGUACUUCGAGCUCGAGCACCCAGAAGGCUUCAGGUUGAAUGUCAUGCAACGCCUGCCGCCGAAUUUCGACCCUUCCAAGAGAUAUCCCGUACUGUUCACGCCCUACGGAGGACCUGGAGCUCAAGAAGUCUCGAAACGGUUCCAAACUCUCGCUUGGAGAGCUUACAUCUCCUCGGACCCCGAACUGGAGUAUAUCACAUACACAGUCGAUAACCGAGGCACUGGAUACCAAGGUCGCGCUUUCCGAAGUGCAGUCACCAGACAUCUCGGUCGUCUAGAACCCCAAGACCAAAUCUGGGCUGCGCAACAACUCAUCGCUCAAAACAGCUUCAUUGACACCGAACGAGUGGGAAUGUGGGGCUGGUCCUUUGGUGGGUACCUCACCGCCAAAGUCCUCGAAGCGGACUCGGACGUGUUCUCAUUCGGACUCAUCACCGCGCCGGUCAGUGAUUGGCGUUUUUACGAUAGCAUGUACACGGAACGGUAUAUGAAGACUUAUGAGCAGAACCCCGAGGGAUACAACGAGACUGCCGUGAGGAACGCCGACGGCUUUAAGCAUGCGAGGGGCGGAUUCGGCAUUAUGCAUGGAACGGGAGAUGAUAAUGUGCAUUAUCAGAAUGCGGCUGCUUUGAUCGAUUUGUUGGUCAGGGAAGGUGUGAGUCCCGAGAAGAUGGAAAUGGUGGCUUUUACCGAUUCGGAUCAUGGAAUCACGUUUCAUGGGGCUAGUGCGUGGAUUUACAAGUAUUUGACGAAGAGACUGUGGGAGGAGAAGGAGAGAAAGGUUGGGCUGGUGGACCAGACACACCAGUGGUUGAGAAAGAGGGCGGCCGUUGUCGAGGGAGGAGGUGUAGUAAGGUAG